CAUGUCCGCUCCACUCCUUCCAAUGGACUGAGCAAUGGAGCUCCCUUUACCGGGCAGUGUGAACAAGCCCUAAUACACCAACCUAACGAGGCGUCUUGUGUUUCGCUUUGUACCCUGCGGGCCGCCGUCCGGACAGCGCGGGAUGAUUAAAAAGGGGGGUGGCUGGGUGACCCGGCUUCUUUCCUGCUGUAUACAGUGUCUGAGCCAUGGAUACUGCCGGCGAUGGUUGCCCUGCGCCCACAGACGAGGACCUGCUGGAGAUGAUGAUGGAGAAAAGCUUCACAGACAUAGAGGAGAAGCCCAAGGACAGGCUGCCUAAGAAAAUAAUUCCCAGAACAAAACUGUGUAAAGGUCUGUACAACAGGUACUGUGUUCUGGAUGUCAAGGAGGUGUAUGCACCUAGAGAGGAGAAACACAUGACUAUUACCGCUCAGCAGGAUGGAGAAGACAAAGAACUCUGCAUUCUUAAGGAUGACUGGGUUGGUUUGCAGGUACAAGCGGGGGAUAUUAUUCACUUGGAGGGCAAUGUAACACAGUCAAAUACAUGGACUAUAGACAAGGAUUCUGGAUAUAUUAUCUUGUUUCCUGAUCUUCUCAUAUCUGGUACCAGCAUAGCAAAUGGUAUUCGAUGCUUACGGAGAUCUGUUUUGAGUGAGAAAUUCAAGGUUUGUGAUAAAGGGUCAAGACAGAUGUUGAUCGGUACAAUGUUACACAACAUUUUUCAAAAAGCAACAACAUGUGGGUUUAGUGGAGAUGUUUUGCAAAACCUUUCUGCCCAAACUGUUUAUGGACCAACAUAUCUUAAAGAAAUGUACCAAUUAAACUUGAAUCAAGCUGAUGUGCUGCACGAAAUAGAGGAAUAUCUUCCAUCAUUUCAAAAAUGGACAAAUGACUAUUUGGCACCUGUGACCCAAACUAAUUGGAAACUUGACCUGUCAUCUUCUAGAAACAUUACUGAUGCAAGAGCUGUUCAAGUUUCUGAGUUUCUGGACAUCGAGGAAAAUGUUUGGUCCCCUAGAUUUGGCCUAAAGGGAAAAAUUGAUGUAACAGCUAAAGUGAAAAUACACCAGAAGUCAAAAGUCAUUAAAACCAUGCCGCUAGAACUGAAAACUGGUAAAGAAUCAAACUCCAUAGAACAUAGGAGUCAGGUUAUUUUGUAUACUUUGUUAAGUCAGGAAAGAAGAGAAGAUCCUGGAGCCGGCUUGCUUUUAUAUCUGAAGACUGGAAAUAUGUACACUGUGCCUGCAAAUCAUCUGGACAAAAGAGAAUUAUUGAAAAUAAGAAAUGAGCUCUCCUUUUAUUUAAAAAAUGUGGUACAUAAAUCUGAUGGAACCAAAGAAGUUAAACCUGCCCCUCUACCAUCACUCAUUGCUGACAGACAAGCCUGCAAAUAUUGUUCUCAGCUUCGUAACUGUGCACUUUACAGCAAGUCUGUUGAACAGCAGAGCGGUAGUUUUUACAUUCCCAAUGACAUGCUUCCAGUUAUUGAGAAUGAGACUGCACAUCUGAAAGUCUCUCAUCUGCAGUACUUCAGUCUUUGGUACCUCAUGUGCUCCUUAGAAGCGUUGUCAAAAGACUCAAAAAUGGGCCGAAAAAAUAUCUGGAUGCAGUCAUCUGAAGAAAGAGAAGAAGAUGGACAGUGUUUUGGAAACCUCAUUCGUAUAGGAAGUGUGCGGAGUGUGAGCGAUGAACAACACCUUCAUAGCUUUCAGCGCCGAAGUGGUGAUAUGCCUGCUACAAACCUCAUGACGGGAGAUAGAGUUGUAGUUAGUGGAGAGGAAAAGAAAUUCCUUGCUCUCUCUACUGGUUACGUCAGAGAGGUGGACAAAAAUACCAUAACGUGUAUUUUAGACAGGAGUCUAGCCAAGAUACCUCAAGGAACUAUAUUUAGACUUGAUCAUGAGGAAGGAGGUGGUGGCAUGGAAUCUCACCUGGGAAACUUGUCAAAGCUGAUGGAAAAUUCACCUGCAAGUGAGAAGCUUAGAGAUUUGAUUAUUGAUUUUAAGAAACCAGGCUUUAUUCAACACUUAAGUAGCGUUCUACCUUAUGAUGCAAAGGACACUGUGGCUAACAUUCUAAAAGGCCUCAAUAAGCCUCAAAAGCAGGCCAUGAAACGGGUUCUCCUAUCUAAGGAUUACACACUGAUAGUUGGCAUGCCUGGAACAGGGAAAACUACUACCAUCUGUACCUUGGUACGAAUUCUCUACGCAUGUGGCUUUAGUGUGCUGCUGACCAGUUAUACUCACUCUGCAGUAGAUAACAUUCUCUUGAAACUUAAAAAAUUUAAAGUUGGAUUUUUGCGUUUGGGUAGAACACAGAAAAUACACCCAGAGGUUCAAAAAUUUGGUGAGGAAGAAAUCUGCAAAACAAAGUCUAUAAAGUCACUAAGUGCCUUAGAAGAACUCUACAACAGUCAGCCUGUAGUUGCAACAACAUGCAUGGGUGUUAAUCAUCCAAUCUUCACCAGACGGAGGUUUGACUUCUGCAUCAUAGAUGAAGCAUCUCAAAUAAGCCAGCCAAUUUGCCUUGGUCCCUUGUUCUUUGCCAACAGAUUUGUUUUGGUGGGAGACCAUCAACAACUCCCACCACUUGUUCAAAGUGCAGAAGCAAGAGAAUUGGGCAUGAGUGAGAGUCUGUUUAAGAGACUGGAGAAGAACCAGGAUGCUGUUGUCCAGCUCACUGUGCAGUAUCGUAUGAAUAGCAAGAUAAUGGCUCUAAGCAAUAAGCUGGUAUAUGAAGGACGACUUGAAUGUGCUUCUGAGCGUGUGUCUGCUGCCAUUGUCCAGCUACCUCACCUCAAGUCUCUGCAGCUGGAAUUGGAAUUCAGGGAGUCUAAAGAAAAUACAUGGGUCAAAGAUGUUUUAGAACCAAGCAACCCAGUCUGCCUUCUAAAUACAGAGGAGAUCCCUGCCUUGGAAACGGAAGAAAAAUGCGGCAUCAGUAAUUGGAUUGAAGCCAAGCUUGUGUUCCUCCUGACAUCUCUGUUCCUUAAGGCUGGAUGCAAGCCAACAGACAUUGGGAUCAUUGCCCCAUAUCGUCAGCAGUUAAAAGUGAUCUCUGGUUAUUUUACUAGUUUGUCAUACAGCACUGUAGAGGUUAACACUGUGGACAAAUACCAAGGAAGAGACAAAAGUAUUAUCAUUUUGUCAUUUGUUAGAAGCAACAUUGAUGGAAAACUUGGAGACCUUCUAAAGGAUUGGAGGAGACUCAAUGUAGCAAUCACACGAGCCAAGCACAAGCUCGUAAUGAUAGGCUGUGUCCCAACUCUGUGUCGCUUUGAUUCCCUGGACAAGCUGAUUUGCCAUCUCCGGAGUGAAAACCUCAUAUCCUUUUGUGAUAUCCCUCAUUUUACUUUGUUCAUCUUCAUCCAGAAUCCGGUUACCAUCCUGGUCAAAUCUGGAAAAGGCAGCUGUAAUUUCAUGAUCAUCAUGGCCCAUCCUAUAAAAUAACUAUUCUUGAACUCU